AUGAAAUAUUAUAGGGAAGGGCAAUUGCUUCGAUAUAUUGGUACAUGGAUUCCAUUGACAGUUCUUGUACUAAUAGUUCUAUACUUUUAUGUAGUUUAUAUGGAGGUAUGUGGUGCAUAUUCAUGUUAAAGACUUAUUUGAUGCCACUUAUAAAAUCAGAGUAUGUUUCUAGACCAUUAAUGGAGAUUAAUACAUACUUGAUUCAAUUAGUACACAUCAAUGACUAUGUUUUCAGCAAUCAAAUAAUGGGAAUAACGAUAUCAUUACAUAUCAUUCUCAUAUUAUUCACAAUUACAUUAGUCAGAGUCGUUGUUACUAUUCCUGGUUAUGUACCUGUAGAAUGGUUAAAUAAAAUAGAGAAUGAGAUACUUUAAAUGAUUGUGAAUGAAGAAAAAAUGAUUAAUCAAAAUAAGAAAGGAUCUUAAACUUCAACAUCUUUUUCAUCAGAGGUAGAUGAUGAAUAGCGUAACAAUUUAAAUGAGAAAUUCAAAAAUGAACUCAUAGAUAAAUAAGGUAGAAGACAUUGUAAAAAUUGCAGAGCUUUUAAACCAAAACGUUGUCAUCAUUGCAGACAAUGUAAAACCUGUUGGUUAAAAAUGGAUCAUCAUUGCUAAUGGUUAAAUAACUGUAUUGGUUAUGGUAAUUAUAAACUUUUCAUUAAUUUGCUUGGUUAUGCAUGUAUUCAUUAAAUUUCUAUACAUAGGGGUUUUGAUUACAUUUAUUAUGAUUACCUACAGUCGCUGUUAUUAUGACACUAUGAAUUCAUAUUCCACUGAUGCUAAGUUGUUUUUAGUGUCUUUUACAUUUCUAUUUUGUUGUUUCCUAUGGAUUCUUUUAACUGCUUUCACUCUCUUUCAUUUAUGGUAUUAUCAUCAAUAAUACUGAGAUUGUUAGGGCAAUCAAACAAAACAUCACAACCCUUGAGUACUGUGAAAGUAAACCAAGAUAACAAAUUUAAAAAGGAAUCUGGAAAAACAUAUUCGAAGUUUUCGGGACAAACCCGCUUGUUUGGUUUUUACCUAUUUAACCAGAUACCAAACCAAUAUUAGAUUGA